AUGCCAAGCGCAGAACCAGCAGUUGUUGAGGAGACCAGCCGCGUCGACACGCCCACCAACGAUAACCCUCCCGCCGACGAAGCCUCCACGCCGACGCAAGAGACUCCCACCAAACCCCUGCCAGUCUUCAUCACCACCACCACCCUCCACGACGACGAGCCUGCUGAGCAGCUCUGUUCCUCACCCCAGCCCGAGACCCCCACCGGCCCAACAACUCCCAUAACCCCCAAUGACGAGCACGACCUGAGUCGCGACUCGAUGGCUUCUAUAGCCCUGUCUGAAACGAGCCUGGACUACGACCAUUUGUCGACGGAGCAGGUUGAAGACGUGCUAGCUACUCCACGCGUCAGCGGUGCGCGCCGGCAUCUGCGGAAAGUGUCCAGCCUAGAUAUACUACAGAACAAGUGGGCACCACCCGAAAGGCAGAGCACAUUGUUCGACACGUCAGAUGAAUCGUUGCAGAUGCCCAUGUCUGCAAUUGAAUUCCAUGGAGGCCGAGACCCCUGGGCAAGAGACAGUAAUGACUUCAGUGUCGACGCCAUGAAUCAGGACAGGAGACCUACCAAUGCUACAUUGGACAGCAUUGAUCUGCUCGAGCCCGGCCUCUCUACGCCAGCCAGCAUCAGCGAUGGCUCCAAUCGCAGAUCAGAUGGCUCGUCAGACGAGGAAGUGCAGGUCAAUUGGAAAGCUCUUGACCAGACCGAGCAACAAGAGAAAGAGGAUAAGGAUAUCCCGGCAGGUGCUGAAGAUGAAUCGACCGCGUUCCUGCUCGCGCGUCUGGAACAGGAGAAUGCAAAGAUCGAAGCAGAUUCGAAGACGGCUGCCAGCAAAUCAAGCACGCGGGCUCGAGCAGCCAGCCGACCACCCAGCAUGGCCCAACUCAAGAAGCUUGUAGCUGGGAAGGAGACACCCUCGAUACGAUACAGCUUAGCAUCCGACAGCGGUAUGGCUGAAGUGCCGCCCAUGACCGAGUUGGAGUUCUGGACCGCCAUCGUCCAAGACUAUCCAUCGACUGCCACUCGACUGCCCACUCUUACAACUACCAAGAUGCGGUCAGGAAUCCCACCACCUCUACGUGGCGUUGUAUGGAGCUCGAUGGCAGGGGCGCGCGAUAAAGAUUUGGAAGAUGCAUUCGAGCGGUUACUCGGCGAGAAGAGUCCGUAUGAGGGUAUUAUCAACAAGGAUGUCGGCCGUUCUUUCCCUGGGGUAGAGCUCUUCAGAGAUGCCGAAGGCGAAGGUCAAAAGAUGCUUGGACGAGUACUGAAGUGCUUCUCGUUGCAAGACAAAGAUAUUGGGUAUUGUCAAGGCCUGGGCUUUCUCGUUGGCCCGCUGCUCAUGAACAUGGGUGAGCGGGAGGCAUUCUGCGUUCUCGUUCGCCUCAUGGACCACUACUCUCUGCGACCUUCGUUCCUACCAUCGCUCUCUGGCCUGCAUAUGCGAAUAUACCAAUUCUCGACUCUGCUACGACAACAUCAUCGGAAGCUGCACGACCAUCUUGCUGAGCUUGGCGUGGAGCCUGCAUAUCUCUCGCAGUGGUUCUUGUCCUGUUUUGCCGUUACCUGCCCACUCGAGAUGCUUUUCCGGAUUUACGACGUGAUCUUUGCCGAAGGUGCGAAUGAGACGGUCAUGCGGGUUGCACUUGCUUUGAUGCGAAGGCAUGAAGAGAAAAUGCUUGGUUCAACGGAAUUCGAAGAAGUCAUGCAAUUGCUCCUCAGUCGUGAGAUGUGGGAUUGCUACGGCGGCGAUGCUGAUGAGAUGGUUGAUGACUUCACAUCUCUCGGUGACAUCGUAACGCACGCUCGCCUCGCAGAGCUGGAAAAGGAAUACGAGAACCAAUCUGCCGAGACUGUUGGCCAGAGUGCCGGUUUCCUUCCAGAUGUCCAGGCAGCCGCAUCGAGAUUUCUGGGUCGAAUAUGGGCUCCUGGUCAUGCUCACACGCCCAGCAAGGCCACGACUGCGACAGCACAUACCCCCAGCCCAAGCGUCACGACCCUUUCGCCAUCAUCUGCCGAGAAGGAUGCCCCAACAAGCGGUUACAGCUUCUUUGGCCGACCUACAAGCUUUCUCAGGCGGAGUCCCAGCAAGCAGAGUAUGAGCGCCGUGAAUGACAGCAACAGCAGUGAAGACAGCACAUCAGUAGCAGGUUCAAGCGCCGUCAGCCUGACGUCUACGGCCCCGACUGAGCCCGAAACGCCCACAGCAGAUGCGUAUGGAGCCAUGCGCGAAAGUGUUGCCGACAGCAGCAAGUCGGUGGUACCAGGUACCCCAAGCGUCCACAGCAGAGAAACUCAAGAACUACAUGCACAGAUUGAGGACUUGCUGACGGCCAUUGGUGAAAUGCAGCGGGAACACGCUCAGCUCGCUGCAAUGCUUCAACGCGAGAAGGAAGAUAGAGGGGAAGACCAACGAGUGAUGCGUCAGUUGGUUGGCAAAAUCCGAAAGGACGACAAAGAAGAUCGAAGAAAGACUAUGCCCCCACCACAGAAGAAGGCCGAGCUCGAAGUGCCAGAAAAGAAGUGUCGACCAUUGAGCGUUGGCGAUCAUAGCGAAGUAGAGCUCACUGGUGAAAACAAAAAGCCGAAGGACGAACUCCAGGAACUCGUGGAGAAGGCGCAAGAACGACUACAAACGAGCGUUCGGUUCUCCGCCAGUCUGGAGACGAAGGCUCAGCUACGUAGCACGUUAGCUCGAACUCGAGAGCGACUGGGAGCCGCCGAAACGCAAUCGCGAGAGUUGACCGUCAGGCUCGACUCUGCAGAGUCUGCAGUGCUCACCUUCCAGGCCGAGAGUGAGGACUUGCGAUCCGAGGUCAAAGAACUGCGAACGAGGGUCGCAGACGACUUCAAGUCGAGGCAAAAGCUGGAGCAUCAGCUGAACGAAUUAAAAGCACAGGCGAGAUCUGUUGAGCGCAAAGAAAGACUACAACGAGCAGAAAGCCUCAACGAAGUGCCAACUCUUAGUCGCAAGGACUCAAGCCCUGAGUCAAAAGUUCGGAAGGGUAGCGUGUCCAGCCUGCCGCCAGGGUCUGUCUCUAACGCAGGCGGUCUCCGCGAGCUCAAGCUCGGUCGACGAGACUCGAGUUCCUCUGUUCAAAGCUUGAGGAAUUCGUCACGAAAUCCAACUCCGAUCCAGACCGAACUCGCACCGCCCAUCAUCCGAACAGACGGCGCUUCGCCAGAUGGCCCAUCGCCACCCGCACUUUCUCCAGACCUUACGACUCCUGCACCGACCAAUGUGCCUACAUUACCGAGUGGGCUGCCCGUUCCACGAACAGGUUUCGCUCGCCGUACGUCAAGUCUAGCAGCACAAGAGGUCUUCGCCACUACCCAGCACGAGCCUGUCCCAGAAGAAGCUCUGCUCUUGGAAUUCGUCAAUGCGAAGACGUCGGAGGCCCAAGCAAAGCAAGAGGUUGACGAGCUGAAGAAGGCCCUAUCCGUUGGCAAGCGGAAACAGGAGGAAGCCCUCAACCAGCUUCGUGCAGAGAUGGAGGCCGCCAAAGCUGAAGCCGCGAAGGCCGUCGAGGCAGCACAGGCAGCCAAGGCUGAGACAGAAGCGGUGCGGUUGUCUCAAUUGUCUACUGCAGGCACACCGCUCUUCAGCUUGCCGCCCACGCCGUACUUGGAGAACCCGAAUAGUAUAGGCAGUGGUAGUUCUGGUAGUCCUGCAUCAGGCACGCCUGCAGAGGAGAAGACGCCUGACAUUGCUCUGCCCAAGAAGGCAGAGACGGCUCCGGCACCGACUACUGGAGGAUGGUUCUGGCAGCGGCGAACGGCGAGUAAGAGCAGCGUGCCGCUUCCUCCGACCAAGGAGGGCGAAUAG